CAGGCGUGAAUGCUCUUGCGGCGUCUAAAUCAUCUUUGGCUCCGGUCUGAGCAGCUGUCAGUGUACACAGCGGAGCGUCACGACAGACAGCAAGCUUUGUGGAAGGACGGCGACUUAAAAUGCAGCUCAGCGACGGUCCCUGCAGCAUAUCCCGUCGGCUCAUGUACAAUACGUGUCCGGUCUUAAACGUUCACAUUUAGCGAGUGUUAAUAGCGAGAGAGAUAGCGAGAGGUUUUCUCGGGUGUUUUUUAAUCACAAGUGUUGUCUUGGUCUGCACGGUCCGUCCGACAGAACUAGUCGAGACAUGAGUAACGUUAAUCUGAUUUUUUGGGACCAGUUGCAGGCUGGCAGCUCGGAGGUGGACUGGUGUGAAGGCAAUUACCUUAUAUACCCCAGCAUCGCUGAAUUUUACAACACGAUCAGCAACAUUUUGUUUUUUGUUUUGCCGCCCAUAUUAAUGUGCCUGUUCCGCCAAUAUGCAACACAUUUCAACAGUGGGAUUUACCUCAUAUGGAUUCUACUGGUUGUGGUCGGUAUUGGAUCAACAUAUUUUCACGCCACCCUCAGCUUCCUUGGCCAGAUGCUGGAUGAGUUGGCCAUCUUAUGGGUGCUCAUGUGUGCCAUUGCCAUGUGGUUCCCUAAGAGAUACCUACCCAGGAUGUUCAGGAGGGAUCGGUCAAGGUUCAAAGUGGUCAUUGGCAUCUUGUCGGGAAUCACCACAGGCUUGGCCUUUGUUAAACCUGUCGUCAACUCACUGUCGCUCAUGACUCUGGGCAUCCCCUGCACCGUACUGCUUAUCACUGAGCUUAAAAGGUGUGAAAACCCACGUGUGUUCAAGCUGGGCUUGAUCUCAGGGAUCUGGUGGGCGCUGGCUCUGCUUUGCUGGAUCAGUGACAGGAUAUUCUGUGAAAUGUGGUCAUCUGUCAACUUUCCCUACUUACACUGUGCAUGGCACAUCCUUAUUUGUCUGGCGUCGUACUUGGGUUGCGUUUGCUUCGCCUACUUCGACGUUGCGACCGAGGCUCCGGAGCGAGGACCCGUCAUCAUGUUCUGGCCCAACGAGAAAUGGGCCUUCAUCGGUGUGCCCUACGUCUCCUUCCUCUGCGUGCACAAGAAGUCCACCAUCAAGGUGACUUAAAGUCUGACUCGAGUCUCCUGCUCAGCCGGUUGUACUUCCACACUUCUCACCAGGAUGGGUUUCAAACAGCACAGCAACAAGACGACACCACCACAUCUGUGAGGCGGGUUACGUCCGCUGGUGCUCUAGUGACUGAAUGAUGUAGGUGAUAGCACGUUUUGGCCAAGCACAGGGAUUUAUCUUUUCCUUGUUCCUUCCCUGGUCUGGUCUUCGUUACACAGCAGUGUUUAUGCAACCGUGUCAAAGAACAAAAGGUGUCACAAAAUGAGUCUAACAUGACAGAGUCACUUUCUUUAAAUAACACAAUAUCAAAGCCAAGAAACCUUUACAGUGUUCCAAAUGCAUUCUCAGGCUUUGCAUGAGAGAUCAUGUGAACUCUUUAACAGGUGAAAGUAUUAAUAUCAUGCAUUUCAGGCUUCUUCUUUAAAAAGAAGAUUUUGUACAUUUUAUAGUAACUCAGAAAACCUCAUUAUAAAGCAUUCUGUUGCCUUUAUAAACAGAAAUCUAGCAUCUCAUAGGUGCAGUCUGGCCAAUAUGAAACCAUGUUUAGAGGCAAUAAAGCACUGGAUUCAUUAACUGUUUAAUGCAUAAUGCAUUAAAACUCAAAGAAUCAACAAGCUGGUUCAUCAGAUGUUACAGAAGUGUUACGAGAAGGUUAUUCACAAAAAGCCUUGUGUAUUUCAAAUACAUAAUGGAUUCAUGCUGUUAUACCUGCCCUUUGUGUUAACAGACAUUUUAAUGGAAAAACUCAAGCACAAAAGGCUCUGUCUAUUUUGGGUGUGCUAUGUUUGUUUGUUUUUUUUUCUCUCAGCAUGCCACAGUGAUUGUUCAAGAUAGUAUAUAAGAAAUGUUUAAUAUAUUCCUGUAUAUGUCCUGUUAACUAACAAUGUAAUAUGCAGUUAUUAAUAAGCAUAUCAUCGGUUAUAUUAUUGAAUGAAUAGGUACCCAUUGAUAUUGGCCGCGAUCCAAAGUUAAAAAAAAAAAAAAAGAAUGAAAAUCAAAAUGGAUUCAAAUAGAACUGACAAUUCAAUGAAAUCAUUACUUAUUUUGCACAAAAUGAAGAAUGGUUCUCAGCCUUGCACAGUGCAUAGCAUUUCAGAACAUGACAAUUACUAUUAUUUACUCAUGAAAUAGUUAGCAAAUAUACAGCUUUUGAUGAUGAAAUGUUUUCACAGCUGUGUUUUUUUUCACCCAGACAUCUCAUCUCUUAAACUGCUCUUCAGGGUUAUUUAUUCCAGGCUCAGUAUUUUAGACUUUGCGCUAAAUUCACUGAACCUGUGUAAACUGUGCAAAAAGCCUUACUCAACCAGGGAAAAAACGGAUUACAGGCAAGUGAAAGUGCAUUGUGUCCUUAAGUUGAUGAUGUAUGCGCUUUGCAUUCUCCGAAACUAGUAGUAAAUGGGUGUGAUUUGUAGCUUAUAGGAGGUGAAAUAGUGGGACAAGUUAGGGUUUUAUUACCUCUGACCUAAAACUAAAACUCUAAUUUAGCAAUUAGUGGAAAAAAAAAAAAGAUUCUGUAUGUAGAAUUACAAAGGGACAUAUGUUUGGAUGUAGCAAAGCAAAACACUAACCCUAAAGGACAAGGCUAACCAGAGCUUUUUCACCUCAGACCAUUGUUGUACAUGUUCUUGAAAACUGGCUCAAGCUGUUUAACUAAUAUUAUUUUACUCCUGUCCUCCUGCAGAGGAUUGUGGGAGCUCAAACUGCUAAACGAACUUUGCGCUUACACGAAGGGUCAAAUGAAGGAUUAUGAUUUACAAAGAAAACAACUAUUUUCCUGAAAUUCUGAAGUGAUAUUUUUUAAACAACAUGAAGUAUUUUGUUAAAUCCAAAACUGUUUCUAUUUUUGUAAGUAAAGUGGAGCCAAAAUCAAAACAACUAUUAUUUUGAUAUUGUAUUAUUACUACCUUUUUUAUUGCCAAACAAUUUUGCAAACCGUUUCUUUUUUUAUUGUACCUUACAGAAAAACUUUGGAGACAAUGUUGACAAUGUGAACAAAGUAGUUGUACUGCCAGAAAAUACUUGGAUUGUGUUGCAAAUCGUAUUGAAUCAUGCAUCUGAUCAGUAGUGGUGAUAGUUUGUAUGAUGCAGAGAAAAGUUUAGAGUUAAAUUAGCAACUGAUAAAGAACUAUGUGUGAAAGAGGAGAAGAGCCUGUUAACCGCUGCCCUCUGCAUCAUGAUGUUUGUCUUGGCAUGAGGAAUGAUAAUGACAUAACAAUGAGUGGUCUUUUUUUUUUUUUUUUUUGGACUAAAUGUGUGUAUAUAAUUCUCAGUUUUUUUUUCUGCUUGCAUUGACAAUACAAACAAACUGCACAUAAUAUUUAUUUUCAUAAUUUAUCCUGUUUUGUAAACAAAUAUUUGUAGAACAUUAGUACUUUAUUUUAUUUUAUGCAAUAAAUCAAGCCAAUACUCAGAA